UGUGUGAUAGUGGCGAGCUCAGGCUGGCUAGGGAUUUGUACGACCCGAUGGAAAGAGAGUGAAACCCCGAUCCCAGGACCAAGGAGAUGUCUAGGAUAUGAGCCUGGACUCUGUUACACCGCUCUAUGGGAGUCACAGCCUUACAACGUGCCAAAGACUUCACUGGGGCAACUACUCUCUCUCCUCCGAGUGCAGCUUCCUAAACUUCUGGCUAUUCCGUGACUGGAGCAUGAGGCAGAGUUAUCAUCUUAUUCUCUGGACUGCGGGAACUAUUCUACUGUGAUCCAAGAUGGCUGCUUUAGUGAACACACAAAACACAUACCCUAUGCUGCACAGACUGUCUGUCAGGACUAUCGAUGAAGACAUUGAAAGAAUCGAAAAUGGUGCUAGCAGGACCCAUUCACUGUGUGAGGACACAUCCUCGGAACUGCAACGUGUGAUUCAUUUGGAUCCUAGAGGCCUUACAGAGUCACGCAGGAGCUCGUUUACUGGGAGAGGAGCAAUGGCCAGGUUGACAAGAUUUCUAAUUUCAAUGCGAACCUGGGCAGUGCGACACCUAACCCAAGAGGACCAGCGACCAGAUUCAUUUCUGGAGCGUUUCAGAGGACCAGAACUAAAGGAAGUUACUAGCAGAAACAGCAACACUCAGCCACUACAGGAACAUCAUGAAAGACUAGAAAGAAUUAACAGCCAUUGGGUCUUUGCCAGUUAUAAUGUCAACAACAGCAACAACACAGAAGACACAAAGAAAGAAGAAAAACCAGCGAAUGACACCAACAAACCAAAACAAGAGGACAAAAAAGAUGAUAAAAAGGAAAAUGAAAAGAAGAAAGAAAUUUUUGUAAUUGAUCCAGCAAGCAAUUUCUACUAUAGAUGGCUUUCAAUCAUCUCUUUACCGGUGCUUUACAAUUGGUGUUUAUUAGUAUGUAGAGCUUGUUUUGAUGAGCUCCAGAAGACUAAUACCACAUUGUGGCUGGUCUUGGAUUACAGCGCAGAUCUCAUUUAUGUUCUUGAUACAAUGGUGCGAUUCAGGACAGGUUUUCUCGAGCAGGGCUUGCUGGUGAAAGAUGCCAAGAAGCUUAAAGAACAUUAUUCAAAAACACUACAAUUUAAGCUUGAUGUAUUGUCUUUGUUACCAACAGAUUUGGCAUACUUAAAAGUAGGGCCUAACUACCCAGAGUUACGUUUUAACCGCCUCCUGAGAUUUGCCAGAAUGUUUGAAUUCUUUGAUCGUACAGAGACCAGAACAAAUUAUCCAAAUUUUUUUCGUAUUGGAAAUCUUGUUCUUUAUAUUCUCAUUAUCAUACAUUGGAAUGCCUGUAUAUAUUUUGCAAUAUCGAAAGCCAUUGGGUUUGGAACAGACACAUGGGUAUAUCCAAAUAUUUCCCAUCCAGAAUAUGGGCGCCUUGCAAGGAAAUAUAUCUACAGUCUUUACUGGUCAACCUUAACUCUCACAACCAUUGGAGAAACUCCACCACCAGUCAAAGAUAUAGAGUUUCUCUUUGUUGUUUUUGACUUUCUUAUUGGUGUGCUUAUUUUUGCUACCAUUGUGGGUAAUGUUGGGUCCAUGAUAUCAAAUAUGAAUGCAUCUCGGGCAGAGUUCCAGGCCAAGAUAGAUUCUAUAAAACAAUACAUGCAAUUUCGUAAAGUUACCAAGGACUUGGAGGCAAGGGUUAUAAAAUGGUUUGAUUAUCUCUGGACAAACAAGAAAACAAUGGAUGAGAAAGAAGUACUAAAGAGUUUACCAGACAAAUUGAAGGCUGAAAUUGCAAUCAAUGUUCAUUUAGAUACUUUGAAGAAGGUACGGAUCUUCCAAGACUGUGAGGCAGGACUUCUCGUGGAACUAGUACUUAAGCUGAGACCUCAGGUCUUCAGUCCAGGAGAUUAUAUAUGUAGAAAAGGAGACAUUGGACGUGAAAUGUACAUUAUUAAAGAGGGCAAGCUAGCUGUUGUGGCAGAUGAUGGUGUGACGCAGUUUGUAGUCCUCAGUGACGGAAGUUAUUUUGGAGAAAUCAGCAUAUUAAACAUCAAGGGAAGUAAAUCAGGUAACAGAAGGACAGCUAACAUCCGAAGCAUUGGGUACUCAGACCUCUUUUGUCUUUCAAAGGAUGAUUUGAUGGAGGCCCUCACUGAAUACCCAGAUGCUAAAAGUGUAUUAGAAGAAAAAGGGCGUCAAAUUCUCAUGAAAGAUGGUUUGAUAGAUGAAGAAGCAGCAAGAGCAAGUGCUGACCCAAAAGACGUGGAGGAAAAAGUUGAAAGGCUAGAAUCUUCUUUUGAUAGUCUACAGACCCGAUUUGCUAGAUUAUUGGCAGAAUACAACUCAACUCAGUUGAAACUCAAACAAAGGAUUACCAAGGUAGAGAGAAGAAUACAGAAAUAUGGGAGUGCAUAUAUUUCAGAAGGACCAGACAGUGCUGGAGAAACAGACAAAGCUGAAGACAAUGAAAAUGAUUAAAAAACAUGAACAUACAGAUGCAGUUGCACUUAGCCUAACUAUAAAGCCAGAUCUACUGUUUAUUUUUAUGUGUUAAGUAAACAAAACCGAAGUAAUCAUUUCAAGUUCCUUAUAAAAAAAAAAAAAAUGAAUACCUUUACCAGAAGGUUGGAUACAUAGGGGGAUAAUUAUUGCACUUCUGUGAUCUGAAAAGUGGUACAAUAUCCCAAAAGUGGGGCCUUUACUAUGGAAGCCAGUGGAAUCAGCAGACAUAUUUCAUUGGUCAUUACUUCACUUUCAGAUGACAACACUUUGACGUAUAUCAUCAGCACGGUUUAUCCACUAAUCAGUGAAUUGUAGUGGAUUGAAAUGAUUGCUUAUAACUGGGGAAAUCCAGUUCCUCUUUAGUCCUAGCUUGCCUAUUUUAAACUAAAUUAUGCAAAUUAUUUACAGUUCACAGGUAAGUACUGUUUAGUGAGUACACACCUAACUAUUGUUAUAUCUACCGUUUCAGAUACAGAUUUUUAGACAUGUGACAAUUGAAGACCAUGAAUUUUAUAUAUCUUUACUUACGGACUGUUAUACCUAGCACCCGUUUUUAAGGAAGUAAUAUGUCAACUGUACAGGGAAACAAAAACUUUGUUUUG